AUGCCAGAAGGGCAUAGGAUGAGAAAAACCCCAGUCCACUACCGGCACACAACAGAUCCAGAGGCAGCAGAACAACACUCAUGGCGGUGUGAGUUUUAUGAAGCAGUGCACCUGAUUACAGAGGAAAUGAAGAGGAGAUUUGACCAAGAUGGCAUGAAAACAGCAGCUCUUAGGGAGAAGAUGGUCCCUGUCAAAGUGCAAAGGAAGGUGCAAGGAACCCACAUUCAGUGUUUUUUACUUUUUGGCUGCCUUGAUGACCAACUGGAGACUCAGCUAAAAAUGAUCGGAGACGUCCUCGGCGACUCGCCUGGCGACACAGGACAAGACAUAGCUGCAAAUAUGUCUAAACUCCAUCCACAGACGAAGACUCUUUUCAAAGAAGCUGAAAACCUCAUCAAACUACGCCUAUGUCUCCCCAUCUCAGCUGCAGCAUCAGAGAGAACAUUUUCCACUUUGUGCGGCCUGAAGUAG